UUUGAGGAUUUUGGUUUGUUGGUUGCGGGAAUGGGAGAUUGUGGUGGGUGAAGCAUUGAGCACGCAUGCACUUGGUAGUGGUUAGAGUGGGAAGUAGGCUGUGGUUUUGGUGAGUCCGUCAGUUGUGUGCUUUGUGCGGAGGAAGGUGGUGACCGGUGCUUGAAGGGCUGGGGUUUGACUGGGUCGUACUGGGUCGGAGGGGCAGUUUUGGGGAGUGUGUUUUGUUUUCUUGAACUGAAGAUUGCAUCUGUCUGUGAUGCGGUUUUCAGAGAACAACUGACUUCUGGGUGUAGUUUUUUGUUGUCUUACGCUUCUUCUUCUUCUUCUUCUUCUUCUUCGUCUUCUCUCUUUUAUUUUGUUUUAUUUUCUCAAUAUGUUUUUUGAAAAUGUUCUGAAAUGUUUUUAGUUUAUUUUUGAUAUCUCCUCGAGUAUCUACAUCCACAGUAGUUGAUCUUUGGCGACGAAAUUGCUUUCGUACAAGCUCGUGCCUCAGAUUUAGUCGGGGUCGGUCGUUGUUUAUUUUUAUUUUUAUUAUUUUAAAUUUUGCGGCUGGGUAGCUGUUGGCAUCUUGUAUACCGAAGGUGCAGAAGAUUGUUUGUCAUAGCAAGGAUCACAGAGACUCGAAGGGAAGUGCUGAAGUAUCGCUGCGGUGCUAAGUCUCUGUCGCGUAGGAUUAUCAUUUUUCCUCCUCACACGCAAAGGGCAAAGGUCUACUCUAAAGCAGCCCUGGGCACUGGAGGUUAGCGGUGUGACUUUGCGAACGCGGCACUGAGAGUUGGCGCAGGGAAAUAGUGUGCGUUAGACCUGCCGAACAUUUAAGGUUAUCUAAUUUAGCGAACUACACUCACAGGUUUUAGAGAAGUGUAGAGUACGAUUUUUCUGGGUUGGGAGUGAUGGAAUAUCUUUGAUAUGCCCUGGUUUACGCACAUCCGUCCCGAGGGAGCGCCACCGUGCAACAUUUUAGCAGGGGAUGCAAGCCUCUCGACUACAACUCGGGUUGAAACGCAAACAGGAGUCGUGAUAGUUGUUUUGGGUGGAUUCAACAGGAUCAACUUCGAUGCAAAUUAUUUAGAAAGAGAACACGGAGUCGGAAAUUAUGUAGAUAAAAUUUCACUUUUGACUUGAUGCAUUUUAGUACAUACACAUGCCCCCCUGAAGCUUCCCAGCAUUUCAUUCAUCCAACCUUGUUCUGCUAUGGUGAACCAAGGCAGCGGGGAUUUCUCUUCUCAGGAUGGAUCCCUUCCAUCCUGCUCCUCUACUUCAUCUGAACGAAACCAGUCCUCGGGAUCAGGACUUGGUGAGGGGUGCUCGCUUCUUAUGGAUGACGAAGUGCGUGCUAUGCUAAAGAAGGUGACUGUAAAUGAGGCUGUUUUGAAUCGAGCUAUUCAGAGUUUGGGCGGUGGGGAAAAAGGGCUUAAGAGUUUGAUGGGGUAUAUCAUGAUAUGGGUGAAGCAACAGAAAGAAUGCAAAUCUGCUCGGUCCAAUAGCGGUGAACAAUCUUCUGGUUCACCGUUCAAUUUCUCCAUGUUAGGAGCAGAGGCAGCAGCAGAGGCAGAGGCGAUAGUUCUUCAACAUACUUCUGAUGCUUUUCAAUCUUUAAAUGGAAUCCUUCAGCCUUCUGCUACGCAGUCUCCUGUGAACCUGCCAGACACGCAACAUCAACAGCGCUUUAAAUCUCGGAGGCUAAUGAUGGAAGACGCGGAGGUUGAUGCUGGCCUCAAGGUAGAUGCUGGAUUUUGUCCUAGCAAUUUCAUGGCUGUGGGUGUACCCCCUGGAGACUAUUCAAUGUACAUGCCUGCGAUGGCUGGUCCUGCAGUUAGUCCAUAUAUGCCACGGCUUAACUACGACAGUGGAAUGCAGCAACCAGUGUGCAAUAUGCAGUCAAUGAUUCCCUCAACAACAUCACAAAAUAGCAUGCAGCCCAUUGAGCAGACUCCCGCCAUGGCCACAAAAGCAGCAAGAAGGAAUCGAAUGGCUAGGCAGAGGCAAUCCAUGAUGAAACAACACGCGCGAGCAACCAAUCAAGCUAAUCCUGUUUCAGUAGGUUUUUGGGUAUGGAAUGGUGCACCUCCUGCUGGAGGCACGAAAAAAACGGAGAUUUCACACUCCGGUGCUCAGCCUGCUCAAGGGACUGCUGUGAAUGCUGAACAGAAGGGGCGCAAUAUGGAUUCUUUGACUUUUCUUCUGCAAAAAGAACUUCGCCCAAGUGAUGUUGGCAGCCUGGGGCGCAUCAUACUUCCUAAGAAAGAAGCAGAGCAGCACAUGCCCUUCCUUAGUAUGCGAGGAGGUGUCUGUAUACAAGUUGAAGAUUUUGACUCGGGUCAUAUCUGGAAUCUCAGAUACAGUGUAACACCUCCGCCUAAAAUGGGGUCAUCACCCUUAUCUAAAUCCGCUACUCCAUCGUUUUGGCCAAACAACAAAAGCCGAAUGUAUCUAUUGGAGAAUACUGGAGAUUUUGUGAAGUCACAUCGUUUGGUUGAAGGAGAUCUACUCAUAAUUUAUAGAAGUCAGCAAGGGGAUUAUGUUAUGCGAGGAAAAAAAAGAAAGACGCAAAGGCUAGAAACUGAAUCUGUUAAGAUUCAAUUUGCACACAGCUCGGCUAGAGAUUCCAAUGAGGAACAUACCUCUCCGAAAGGUAAUGGUUUACCCAUGGAACGACUGUAUGGAGGCGGACCUCCAGAAAAGUUUGUGAAGGAAGAACCACCCAAUCUGGAUGACGAUCCAUUUUUGAAGGAUAUGAUGAUGAGUAUGGGUCCAUCCUUUGGUUCUGAUGCCACUUCACUCCAACCUUUGGAGCGGUUUCCCAGUUUGAACUUGGAUUUCCCUCUGGAUGAGAUUAUGGCGGUGAACCCCAAGACAGAGCUGGAGUAGUCCAUCACUGGUUUAUCUAUUGAAGACAGUUUUUAGGUUUGCUGUGCUAGAACUGAAGGCGAUUCGCGACUUGAACUAGCGUUUCAUCAUGGAUCAGGUUCAUACUCCACAAGAACGUUAGGACGAAGGUGGUCAUGUUUAGGAGGUCGGCGUGCUGCACCUCAGCCCCUAAUUGCGCAGGACGUUCUUUUGCCAAGUGAGUUGGAUUGCAGGUUUCUUUUCAAUUGAGUCAGGAGUGCUCCCCACGGGCACAGGAGGAUGACAAUCUUCUGUCGGUGGCACACGAUGUCCCACUAGUCUUUUUUUUAAAAAAAACCGUUCAAAGAAGGAUUCCUUGUGGUCUCAUUGAAUCUUUCCGACAGGCAAGUUGCAGCAACUGUGGGAUUUUUAGUGGUUUGUACUUCACGGUUGGCUGCCCCCACCUUUAUUUCUUAGCCCACCCUCUCAAGUUAUGUAUACGGAAAAUGAGUUUUUGAUCUUUGCAGGAAAACUGGAAGCCGCACCGUGAAUAUGCUUUGAUGUAGAGUUUUCCAUCCCAGAUCAUCCCAGGAUCUAGAAACUAGUUUAAUGUAAAGGAUCGUCCAUUCAUCUCGGCUUCCCAGAGGAUGCUUCGUUAU